CGUUUUUCCAGACCCAUAAGUUGGAGUUCGGUGAAGACGGUUCUGCUGCGGCGGCCUUUCUUGCUUUUGCUGCUUCCGUCGGGUCCCUGGUCCACUUUCGCCCGCAGGAGGUGCAGGUCCAGCGGCAGGUGGUGUGAAGGCGCGCCGGCGUGUAGGUUCGGAGAUGCGGACAGGAGCGGAGGGCCGAGAGGAGACAUGGAGAACUUGACGAGGCUGUAGUGGACAAGAGCGCGUUGACACCGAACUUGAGGAGUUCUCCGGUAGGAGCGGAAACUUUGUGCUCCUGGUGAUCUGUGAGGAUCUCCUCCAUCAUGAAACUCCUGUAGCGAUGCGUCCUGCACGGAUGGAGAAAGUAGUCCGCUCUCCACCGCGUGGGAGGAUCCGCCAACAACUUUAGUCAGCAGGCCGUUACGUGACGUGACGCGACUCGUCAUGGCUUGUCAACAUGUCUGCCUGCUGAGUUAGCUUAACAAGCUAGCGUUACCUUGCUAGUCAAAGGAUGUGGCUGGAGCAUCCCCGUCGGUUAUACAGCAGCGACAACGCACUCUCGGACGUAGAAGAUGCAAGGGACGCUCAAGAAAAGUGCAGACAAAACGUACAGGAGAAGGACCAUGCCAUGGCAAUCGGUGUCAGACUACUGAGGGACUUGCCUUGCUCCGUGAUUGGAGUUCACAGUGCUGAGAUCAGUACAGAGAUGGAAACAGCUAAUGUUAGGAUCCCGACUGCAAAGUACACAAAAAUGGGGGAGACUCUGAGAUACGUCAUCCCAAGUCACAUGCAGUGCUCCAUGGCUUGUGGAGGGAAAGCCUGUAAAUAUGAAAACCCAUCUCGUUGGAGUGAUGAGGAGCAAGCUAUUAAAGGAUUAUACUCCUCCUGGGUUACAGACAACUUGCUAGCUAUGGCAAGGCCUUCCUCUGAAAUUAUAGAGAAAUAUAAUAUAAUUGAACAAUUUCAAAGGUGUGACGUGAAGACUGUCAUCAACCUGCAGCGGCCUGGAGAGCAUUCCAGCUGUGGCUAUCCACUGGAGCAGGAAAGUGGUUUUACUUACAGACCUGAAACGUUCAUGGAAGCAGGAAUUUAUUACUACAACUUUGGGUGGAAGGACUAUGGUGUUGCGUCUUUGACGACAGUUCUUGAUAUGGUAAAGGUCAUGUCAUUUGCUGUCCAAGAGGGGAAGAUUGCUGUUCACUGCCAUGCCGGUCUUGGAAGAACAGGUGUGUUGUUGGCUUGUUACUUGGUCUUCACAUGUCGGAUGAACGCUGACCAAGCCAUCCUGUUUGUGCGAGCCAAGAGGCCCAAUUCUAUUCAGACCAGAGGCCAGCUGCUGUGCGUCAGGGAGUUUGCCCAGUUCCUGGUUCCUCUCAGAAACGUCUUUUCCUGUGCAGAACCCAAAACCGGCGCUGUGACUUUGUCCCAAUACCUAACCAGGCAGCGUCAUUUGCUGCAUGGCUAUGAAGCACGGCAGAUGAAGAAUGUACCCAAGUUGGUCCAGCUGGUUUGCCGGCGUCUUGUUGACAUUGCCGCCAACCGACAAGUGGUGAUUGAAGAGGAGUGGCUGGACAUCCCUGACCUCACCGCUGAGGUGGAGAAGACUGUAUCCCAACAGGCCCUUCAGCAGCUUGGGAAGGAGCUAAGAGGGAAAGGCAUCCCGGUGUCUCCUUGCUCAUCCAAUCCCUUUAGUCCGAUGCAGACCAGACCUGCUCAAGAUCAACCUCUCAUCAGUGAUAAUGAGCUUGACCCACUUUGGAGGCAGAAUGCAGCAACCCCUCUGAGAUCCUCUCUGUCCAACAAUAAGAACCUCAGUUACAGCGAUUCCGUCCUAAACAAACUUGAACCACAUCAGCGUGAUUUUGCAGGUUGCAAGAGCAGCACACGACCAAUUCACUGUUUAAACAAACAUUCCCGAUCACACAGUAGCCUUACUGCCUCUUCAUUUCAUUCUCAGGACAUUGCUACAAGCAUUCUUGAAACCGGAUGCCCGUUUGUGAAAACAAUUCUUAGCAUGGGUGACCCUGGUUUGUCUUUAGCGUUGUCUAAGCAGGAAAUGAAAGGUCACUGUUACACCACACUGCCAGUUUUGCCAACCAAAAUGGUAGCCGGUCAAGAGAUGCAGGAAAUGCACGUCCCAGCCAAUGAUGGAGAUAACGCUGUGCUUCCCGUACCUACUCUCCAUUCUGAGCUGUCCCCAGAGAGCAGAACCCUUCAAGUGGCCAAAGCGCUGGCCAUGGACCAGACAGACAAGGAUGUCACCGCCAAGGUCACAAUGUGGCAGACAGAGUUGAACUCCAAAGAGGGUGCGUGGGAGAGGCUGUGCAUGGAGAAAGAUCCACUGGUACUGUCCAGUCUCAUGUGGUCCUGGCUGGAACAGUUGAGGGAGCCUGUCAUCAGCAGUGAAAAUGUCAAAUCUCUGACUGAGAACGUAAACCCACAGACGGCACUAGACUCUCUGGAAAAGGGCCACCGACUCACUCUGUUGUGUAUCCUCGACUGUGCUGCUCAUCUCCUGCCAACGCCUGAAGAAGUGGAGACGAGUAUUCUAAAGAAAACCAUAAAAACCUUUACGAAAAUGGAGUCGUCUUCGGGGGAGAAUCAGUGGUUAUACAACACACUCAAAGAAAUCCUGACUUGUAUUCUUCAUGAUCUGCAAAACAAAGCUUUGCAAAUGAAGGAGAAUGGUACGUCCUAAUCCGAUGAUGACAACUCAUCGACUGGGUUAAAAGACAGCUUUUUGUUACGUGUUAACCAAAUGCGAUGUGGAAUGUUGCAUUCCAUAUUGUUUCAAGCUCAUACUACGCUCCUUUGACGCACUGCCAUACUUAACCAUCAUGUGCCACUCUUCUCAGGUUGUCUUCUUGUUGUCUAAUGUCAUGUUUUUAUUAAAUGUCACAUUAGCUUAGAAAGCUUUUUCUAGUGUUGAUGGCUCGUAUUUAAACCAACACACUGUAUGUUAACAUGUCUUCUCAUGGGAUAAUAUUCACUGGUGCGCCAACAUCACAUCAGUUGUAUGGUCCGCUUUCUCCUCUCAAUACUAUUUGACAUCUAUUUAUAACCCGCAAGGCGUGCUGAGUCUCUUCCUGUUUCGGAGGUGUGUGUGUGAGACUCCAAGCAUGCUUUGUGGUUAAUAAAUUAUUAUAAAAUAGUCUUGUUUGCAUGUAUUUUAGCGUGUAAGCAUCUUCCCUAUGAUACAGGAGGGGUGUCUAAACUUUUUACAGUGGGGGUUGCAGACAUAAAAAUGAAAGGAUUGGGAAGGUCCGCUUUGAUACAUUUUGUACUUUAAACUAUCUGAACAAAACAUCCACGUCUUGUCUUUGUGUUAUAUCUGACAUAGCACAUUAGUGUCAUACUGAGCACCAAUAAAAAAACAAGAUACAAUUCACAAAAUGGCCCUCGGUCCAUACUUUGGACACCAUGAAUGUAGCUGGCAGGUAACAGUACUGGCUUGUGUUUGUCUAGGUAUUUCAACAGUAACGGUGUGUAGUGAGUCUAUUAAAGCUGUACACUGGUAACUACUACCUUCCGUUAGUAUUGUCCCUUGAGAAGAUGUGAUUUGAAACACAAAAAUAUCAAACAUGAAUCAAAUUGCAAAGCCGAGGUCUUAAGUUAUUGCAGUUAUUCCACUUUUUAAUGUCCUUCAUGUUUGUGCAGCAAAAUGCCUGCCUGCAUAUUUUUGUCAUGCUUGAGAAAACCACUGCCACGUCCUGCUGAUGUUAUGUACGGUUCUGCUUUGAUGUGCUCAUUUGCGUGUUGUGAGAAUCAUCCUCAUAAUGUACAGAACACGAUGUAACACACUGUAGCCACAUGGCCAAUGUACAACUCUUAUAUUAUCAUAUGACUGACAAAAGACAUGAUUUGUGUCAUUUUCAAACAAUGUUUCUACUCUUUCAUCAGGCAGCUUCUUAUGGAUUCAAAUAUGAAUGAAAUAAACGCUCCA